GGCCUCAGCUGCGCAAUUACAGCCCCCGCCGGCAGCUCCCCGCCCCGGGCCCCUGUCCGCGUUCUUUCCGCUCUUUCCCGGGAAUGGGGUCGGGGUGCGCCCUCCCGGGUCCCGGCUCUGCUGGCUGCUCGCCGUCCCGAGCUCCCGACGCUCAGACGCACCUCUGAGCACGGGGAGAGGGGACCCGGGAGGGAGGUCGGGAGGGCGUCGUGGAAGAGGUGCUCUUUGAGCUGAACCUGGAAGACCCCGGCACAGGGGAUCCCUGGGCAGACUCCCGGAGGCUGCACUGGCAGAACCCGCUGAAGGCCUCAGCUCUGGCUUGCCCUGGAGCUCAGGGCCUACGGAGGACGAGGGACGAGGAGCCCGUGUCUCUCGGAUGGAGUGCGGGGGGGCUGGCACCAGCACCCUUCUUGCUGUGCCCCUGGGGUGGGGGUGAGGAAAUGGGGGGUCGGCGUGCAGUGAGAGGCAAAGAAGGCUCCUUGGAGGUGCGAGGUGGGCUGUGGGGGGUGGGUGGGCUGCAAAGCGGCACCCAUUGGGGGCUCUGGGCUGGUUUGCCGGCCUGGGGCUUCUAGCUGGGGUGGGACCUGUGUUGGGUUCCAGGCAUCAGCUGCCGCUUUCUCAGGGCAAUGCUGCGUCUGCGUUAGUUGCAGAGGAGGAGGACGAAGGGUUUUCUGGGUCCGGAGUGGUGCUGGCCAGAUCCACUGCACGCUUGGGGUUUCCGCUCCCACCCUGGCCAGGGCCCUGGGCAGCUUCCCCAGUGGCAUUUGCCAUACCCCACCCAGCCACGUGCGGAGCCACGAGCCGAGGCCACUUCCCUUCCCUGACCCCCUCCCCCCAGGAUGAGUGGACGCACAUCCUGCUCUGGGCAGAAGGGUAGAACAGGGGCCCUGAGUAACGGUGGCCUGGGGUCAGAGCCAGGUUCAGCUGCAGAGGCUGCUGGUGGCUGUGGAGAGCUUGGGGCUGCCUUGGUCGCACCUACCACCUGCCUGCCCACCGGUCAGCCUUCAGGGACCCUGAGCACCGCCUGGUCUCUUUCCUGUGGCCAGCCCAGAGCUGAAGCGCUGCGGCAUGGCGCGCGCCUGCCUCCAGACCGUCAAGUACCUCAUGUUCGCCUUCAACCUGCUUUUCUGGCUGGGAGGCUGUGGCGUGCUGGGUGUCGGCAUCUGGCUGGCCGCCACACAGGGGAGCUUCGCCACGCUGUCCUCCUCCUUCCCGUCCCUGUCGGCUGCCAACCUGCUCAUCAUCACCGGCGCCUUUGUCAUGGCCAUCGGCUUCGUGGGCUGCCUGGGUGCCAUCAAGGAGAACAAGUGCCUCCUGCUCACUUUCUUCCUGCUGCUGCUGCUGGUGUUCCUGCUGGAGGCCACCAUCGCCAUCCUCUUCUUCGCCUACACGGACAAGAUUGACAGGUAUGCCCAGCGAGACCUGAAGAAAGGCUUGCACCUGUACGGCACGCAGGGCAACGUGGGCCUCACCAACGCCUGGAGCAUCAUCCAGACCGACUUCCGCUGCUGUGGCGUCUCCAACUACACUGACUGGUUCGAGGUGUACAACGCCACGCGGGUACCUGACUCCUGCUGCCUGGAGUUCAGUGAGAGCUGUGGGCUGCACGCCCCCGGCACCUGGUGGAAGGCGCCGUGCUACGAGACGGUGAAGGUGUGGCUUCAGGAGAACCUGCUGGCUGUGGGCAUCUUUGGGCUGUGCACGGCGCUGGUGCAGAUCCUGGGCCUGACCUUCGCCAUGACCAUGUACUGCCAAGUGGUCAAGGCAGACACCUACUGCGCGUAGGCCGCCCACCGCCCACUUCUCUGCCAAAAGGACGCCCACGGGGAGAUGGCCGCACCCACAGCUGCCUUUCCCACCACCAGCCUCGGUGCUCUGCCCCAUGCUGGGAGGAGGGAGGGAGGGACAGGUGCCCGGAGCCCCCGGAACCCUGUUUCUGGAAGGCCCUGGCUCAGGUGGCUUCAGGGCCUCCGGACCCCCGCCCUGGGAGGGGCGGCCACGUGCUGGCUGCAGAACCCAGGGCAGGGGUGGGAGGGGCCUCCAGCACUUUUUAUAUUUACGUAUUCUCCAAAGCAGUGUUCACACGGGAGCCAGCCUGUGGCGCCCAGCCUCCUGGGAAACGGGUUGGCGCUGGAGGAGCCGGGUCUUGGCAUCCUGGAGGUGGCCCCACUGGUCCUGGUGCUCCAGGCGGGGCCGUGGACCCCUCACCUACAUUCCAUAGUGGGCCCGUGGGGCUCCUGGUGCAUCUUAAUAAAGUGUGAGCAGCAA